AAGUAUUAAUAACAAAACAAAGCAAAACAAAAAAAAAAGUUAAAGUGCUGCACUUGGCUCUGUUGUUCUCUUGUUCAUCAGUUUUACUUUUAUGGACGAGGUCUCCUCAUGUAGAUUGACUUUGUUUCUUAGCGGAAGAAGACAACACUAAAUGUUGCACAGAUCAGAACCCUAGAACUUCUUUGCUCUUUCGCUUUCUUUUGGCUCUAGGUAUGUGUUAAGAAUGUUCAAUGAUGGCUUUUUGGCUGCUCUUAGGAUUUUGAUUUUGCAAAUGUCUUGGUAGGUAAAAAGGCUUCUCUUCUGGGUUGUUUUUGCAAGAUUUUGAACGAACCCAGUUGGUUUUGAUAUCGAUUAGUUGAAAGGAAAUAUAUAUAUAUAUAGAAAAUUCUUGAAUUUUGUCUGAGUUCCAGAGUAGUGUUAGAGAAACAAAUUUGUGUGUUUUUGGGGGCUUUGAAUCUGUGAAACUCAAACAAGUUCUGUUUUUUAUUGCGUGUUAACUCUUGGGUUUCAUCUAGAAAAGGAAAAAAAGUGGGAUCCUUUUUCAUUUAGCAUGGAUCUCGAUCUAGUUUACAGAGAUGAUGAUCAAAAGGAAAGAAAGAUUGAAUUUUUAUAUGCUCAUUCCCACUUUUGGAAGUAGCAAACAUUUCAUUUAUGAGAAGCUUGUGUUAUUGAGUUAAUUCAGUUAUGAUUGUGAGUUUAGUAUGUGUGAUGUUUUAAAAAGUUCUUGUUGCUUGUUCUCGUCUGUUGUAUUAGCUUCAGUUAGCGUUUAUCUAUUUGGCUAUGUUUGUAACUUUGGUCAGCUAGUUUAGAGUUUAUAUACAAUGUCUACAUGAUGAUCAUCUUGAAUGAGUUUUAAUUAUAUGUCUAGUAACAAUGUGUAUACUGCUUCAUGAUGCAAAACCUUAACUGUAAAAAUUUUGCAGGAAAGUUUUGUCAGAAACAAAAGAUAACAUCUUUGAAUUCAAUUCCCUUAUGGUUUGUAAAAUGAUAUCAAAAUGGUGAAUAGAAGUGAUUUAGUAGUGAUUGGCAUUUCGGUUGGGCUUGCACUUGGUCUCUUGCUCGCUCUGAUCUUGUUCUUUGCCAUAAAAUGGUAUAAGCACCACUCUCACCUUAGGCGAUGCGCUAAUGAACAGAAUACCCCGACUCUACCUGUUCACACUGCUAAAAGAGGCGUAGUAAUCUCUGAUGAUAGCUCAAAUACAGCAUCGGUACAGCAACCUGCGAACGCAGCACCCACUCAACAUCAGCCAUGGUGGAACAACCAUAACAAAGAUCUCACUGUGUCUGCAUCCGGCAUACCUAGAUAUCACUACAAGGAUAUUCAGAAAGCAACACAAAAUUUCACAACCGUUCUUGGACAAGGAUCUUUUGGUCCUGUGUACAAAGCGGUUAUGCCCAAUGGAGGAUUAGCUGCAGCGAAAGUUCAUGCCUCUAACUCAAGUCAAGGAGAUAAAGAGUUUCAAACUGAGGUAUCUUUACUUGGGAGACUGCAUCACCGGAACCUUGUGAACUUGAUAGGAUACUGUGUUGAUAAAAAUCACCGGAUGUUGAUCUAUGAUUUCAUGAGUAAUGGAAGUUUGGAGAAUCUUUUGUAUGGUGGUGAAGAGAUGCAAGUCUUGAAUUGGGAAGAGCGGCUUCAAAUCGCUCUUGACAUCUCCCACGGAAUUGAAUACCUUCACGAAGGGGCAGUGCCGCCAGUUAUUCACCGUGAUCUUAAGUCAGCAAACAUAUUGUUAGAUCACUCCAUGAGAGCUAAGGUGGCGGAUUUCGGAUUGUCGAAAGAGAUGGUUUUGGAUAGAAUGACUUCCGGAUUGAAGGGUACUCACGGAUACAUGGAUCCAACGUACAUUUCAACUAAUAAGUACACGAUGAAGAGUGACAUAUACAGUUUUGGUGUCAUCAUUCUUGAGCUCAUUACUGCAAUCCAUCCCCAACAGAAUCUGAUGGAAUACAUCAACCUCGCUUCGAUGAGUCCAAAUGGUAUCGACGAAAUACUGGAUCAGAAACUAGCGGGGAAUGCAAGCAUUGAAGAAGUGAGGUUACUGGCGAAGAUUGCAAACAGGUGUGUGCACAAGACACCAAGAAAAAGACCAUCCAUUGGAGAAGUGACACAGUUCAUACUAAAGAUCAAACAAAGUCGGUCUAGAGGAAGAAGACAGGACACGAUGUCUUCAUCGUUUGGUGUUGGUUAUGAGGAAGAUCUGUCAAGAGUGAUGAGCAGGAUUAAGGAUCAGCAUGUUGAGUUAGGGUUAUUGGCUGGUGUUAAAGAAGAGGAUCAUCAAGAUAGGAACCAUACAAUAACAAUUUAACUCUUUAGUGAGGAAUUUUUUUUGUACAUAUUACCACCACAUGAGUCUCAAAAAUAGAGAUUUCCUCUUCUGCAAAAAAAAAAA